AUGCCACCUUCUGCGCACCGUCUCCGGCGUCCGCUCUCCUACGAUAGAAUCGAAGGAGGAGCAGUGAGCUCGCUGCGCUCCACGACAACUCUGCAGGUGCUGACCGGAUUUGGAAUGAUCUUCAACCAGGAUCUUCCGACGCUCCUUUCGGCCGGGGGACUCUACGGCAUCCGAUUUCCGACCUUGGAGCAGAUGCGGAAGGUCGGGGACACCUUGUUCGGCGCAUCUGUGGAGACAGACAGCGUGGACCUCUUCAUCAGUCAUUCUUGGAGUGCAGGCCGUUGGGAGAAGUUCCUAGCGCUCUGCUUGUAUCUGAACCUACAGAUGGCUGUCGCGAGUUGCAUGGUCACGUGGAUCUUGAUGGUCGUACUCAUGAUCUCCUUGUACGGUGUAUUCGGUCUUGGGGGAAGUCGCCUUCUGCUCCCCUGCUUUGUGUAUCUACCCAUGGUCAGCUUCUUCAUUGCUUUCUUCUUUGGACAGCAACUCUCUUUUGGGCUGUGGUCUCCAUCAAUUUGGAUAGACAGGCUGUGUAUCCAUCAGACAGAUCUGGACUUGAAAGCCGAACAAAUCAAGUCCGUGCCCACCUUCGUUGCACGUUCUUCCCGCAUGCUCGUCCUUUGUGACGGAUCCUAUUUUGAAAGGUUGUGGUGCAACCUAGAGCUGGCCACUUUUGCACGGCAUGGAGGCGUGGAUAAGGUUGACGUGUUGCCACUGUGGCUCGCUCCAUGGUUGCUUUGCUGCAUGUCCCUGGAGCUGCUCAGUGCCCACGUGAUGGAUGUGUCGCAGAUUGUGUUCCCCGGCUGGAUGCCAGCUUGCAGCCAGCAUAUCAUGGGGCUCGUCGGAAUACUUCUGCGAGACAACCCAAUGAUGAUGAGAUUCGUCGGUUGGCUCGUCAUCUGGAUGAUCACCUCGCUGACUACGCUCCCGGCUGCUAUCCCCAGUUUCUUCUCCUUCCGCAUGAAGAUUGGCCAUCACCAGCUGAUCCUGGAUCAAAUGGCAGAGUUUGACGUCCGGGCGGCCAAGUGUUCUGAGCCUUCGGACCGCGAAGCCAUCGAGAAGCAACUGAAGGAGGUGUUCUGCAACCACGACUCGCCCACUCCCGGUGCUGAUGCCGUAGAUGAGGGGGAGGUGAAGGUUCAGCAGUUUGUGCAUUACCAUGGCGCCGGCAAUCCGUUGGACCGAUUCAAUGCCUACGUUCGAGGCGUCCUUCGUGACAUUGUCAUGAUGCAGAUCGGCGAUGAAAUCUACGUGCCAUGGCCAUUGUGUCUGACUACUUGUCUGCCGAUGAUCUUGUACUCCUCAGUGAACGUGCUGGGCUGCGACAACAACUCUUGCGAGGAAUCUGCACGGCUGGCACGCAUGUCCACGACCACCUACGUCCUGGUUUGUGUUGUCGGUUGGGCGCUUAACAUCCUGCUGGCAUUCCCACUUACCUAUCCGCUCAUGCUUCGAAUGCUGAAAGUCAGUCUGUCCUUCGGCGAUGGUCCCUUUCAGCGCUGCGCGGCUUUCUUGUGUUGCUUCUUGGCAUAUGAAUACACUUUUCUGUGUGGCGGCUGCAUCUGGGGCUCCUAUAUUCCUGUUAUGACGGACUACUCCCCAGCUCAGCUCGCAUUUUUUCUCCUGGUGGUAUUCCUGAUGGUCAUCCAGUGCAUCUGCCUGUUUUACAGACAUGACAGGCACGGCCAGGACACCCUAACAUCAUGUCGCUGUGUCAAACGACAGGUCGCGACAUAUCAGGCAAUGGGCCCCGAAAGUGGUUUGCCUUCGGCCUCCUUCGACGAGUCUCCUGAGUAA